UCUCCACUCCUCUUGAGCUCCCCAUCAUCACUGCUACGCUGGUAUGGAUGAUUGCAGUGGCAGCAACAUGGCUGUGAAUCUUAGCAAGAAUAGACUGGCCCUUUUAACAGCCUACCAGGACGUUAUCAAUGAGACGUCGGCGACCGACUGGGCCUUAUAUACAUAUGAAGAUGACAGAAAUGAUUUGAUCCUGACUGCAUCAGGAGAGGGUGGGCUGGCAGAGAUCGCAGUUACCUUCGAUAACACCCGCAUCAUGUACGGUUUCUGCAGCCUGAAAGAGCCCACCUCAGCUCUGCCCCGCUACAUCCUCAUCAACUGGGUUGGUGAAGAUGUGCCUGAUGCCCGGAAGUGUGCCUGUGCCACCCAUGUAGCUGCCAUAGCCGAGUUUUUCCAGGUGGGUCUCACCAAGGGUGUUGACGUCAUCGUCAAUGCCAGCAGCAUAGAGGACAUCGACCCCUCUGCCAUCGGACAGAGACUGACCAAUGGGACCGCUCCAGUGGCCAGCCCGGUGCUCAGCCGCCUGCGAAUGAGAGAUGAGGAGAACACAGAGCACGUUGGAACCACCUACGAGAAAACAAAUGCUAAGAUCGAGAUGAAGAAAAUCAAUCGAGAGGAGUUCUGGGAACACGCCAAGCGGGAGGAGGAGUUGAGAAAAGAGGAAGAGAGAAGGAAGGCCUCAGAGGAACGGCAGCGCUUUGAGGAAGAGCGGAUGGAACUGGAGAGAAAAGAGCAGGAGGAACGAGAGAAACGAUUCCGUGAAAGGGAGAGGCAGAUAGAGGUGCACAGGAAGAAGAUGCAGGAGGAAGACGAGGCCAAAGAGAGGUCAAGGAGUCCCAUGAUUACAGAGCCCAGCAGUGAAGACACUGAACUGGACAAGAAGGAAUCAGAGGUUCAGGAGGCAGCUGCUAUCAUUGCCCAGAGGCGCGACAACCCGCGGGAAUACUUCAAGCAGAGAGAGAGGGCAUUGGCCAACAGUGUGGACGUCUCACCAAUCACCACUCACAGGACUGGCCGCUUGGACAGUCCAUUCUUGAGGCAGCAGCACAGUCCAUCUGAUUGCAGCCUGCCCCCCUCUCGCACUCCGCCCCCCUCAAGGCGGCAGCCAGGUCUACCUGAUGACACGAAUGAAGGAAUCCUGGAGCGCAGCAUGACCACCGGAUGUUCUCCUAUCCCCAAAAUCGCCAUUCAGGAGGAAAAAGACAACUUCAUUCGAAGGGAGUUUGCCUUUGAAACUCCAAAGCAAACUCCAGUGCAGGAAUCAGGUCAUGCCAAGAUCACUCAGAGUGUUUCCCCCCAGCCAUCAUCAAACACAGACGACAGCCUGCUGGAUCUGUGGGGCAGCGGUCCGGCACCAGCUACUGCCCCCUCCCAGGCCUCCCACAUCAUGGACCUGAUGGAGGACACCCCAGAGCCUCAUCUGGCUAGCCCGUCCCCCAGCCUCCCUCAGCCUAUCAUGAGCUUCAAUGAGGUACCUGACACCCCCUAUUGCACGGGCACUGAAGACGACCCCUCCAGCCUGGUAGAUGUGGCCGGACCCCAACAGAUGACCCUGAGUUACCAGCAGGCCCUGCAGCAUGCUUCCGGCUCUGACAGCCAGGACCUGGAUGACAGACAGCUGCUGUUGACCAAUGGAGACACGCUGCUUAAAGAAGGGACCCAGGCAAGUGAAGGCUAUUUCAGCCAAUCACAGGAGGAGGAUUUCGCCCAGUCAGACGACUGCACUGUAAAAGUGAAUCCAACACCAGUUUUUUACAACAAACCACCAGAAAUCGACAUUACAUGUUGGGAUACAGACCCUGUGAUGGAAGAUGAUGAUUAGAGACAAAUCCUGGCGACACCUCGAAGAAAAAUAAUUUUACAAAAUUUUCAGAAGUCUUGCAUCAAAAUGUUUUAGAAAAAUUAAAUUGUUAGUCAUCGAAGAAAAGGACUCAGGUUAUUGUUAAAGAUGCCACUGGGUAUGAGCACUCUCGGGUUGUGUAUGUGCAUGUGAGUGUGUUUAUUAUUUAUUUCAUUUCAAUUGUUUUGCUAUGCAGAGAAUAGCACAGUGCGUAUCUAGCGCUCACCUGUGUUGUAUCGACUCCCUGUGCCUAACAGGUGUGUGUAGUAGCAGAUUAGACCAUUCAGUUUUAGUUAAACAUCAGAUUUUCUUAAUCAACACUGAGCUCAUGUCUACUCAGUGGUUCAAUCAAGUUCAUGGUAGGACUUUCCCACAAUGUUAGCAGUUCAGGCUGGUUGCUUAGUGGAAUAUACUAAUACACACAAUAUGUGUAUGAGUUUUACGCCCAGAGGUGCUUUUGGUUUGAUUAAUAAUUUGGUCAGGGAUCUCUUCGAGGCUAAGGCAUGUCAGAACUAGAUAUUAGCCUCAGUUGAGUGCGACGACGCUCAAAUUAAGCAAACAAAACAGAGUUUGUGGGAUUACGAAAUUAUUUUGUGUUGUGCCAAUUAUUUCCAGUAUGUUGACAUUUCGCCCUGUGUUGCUGUAACCGCCUUUUAGGACUUUUAGCGCCAAGUGGCAUAUGUAUAUUUUGACUACAUAUGAAACAAUGUGUAUGAACUAUGGCAUUCCUGAUAUUUGUUUGGUUUUGAAUAACUGCAAUAGAAUUGGCUUCGAUUUGUUAAGAAACUUAGGCAAUAACAUUUGUAGUGGACUCUCACAUGGGGAAUGUUUUAUUUAUAUAUUCGGCAUUGUGUAUGUAUGUAUGUAUGUAUGUAUACCUGCAUAUACGUGUUUUAAUAUAAUUGGGGAGAGUCCUCUAUUAUAAAGGAGACCACAGACAUACUCUACGCAAGUACACAAACAGGAAUGCUUUGACAGAGGAAGGCAAGCACGCAAUCCCGUUGUAGUGUAUGCACUUGACAUAUUUUUGCGUUAGUGUGAUGUUAACAAACUUUAAUCUUCAAGGGGGCAAUAGAGAUAACUUCAGAUACCAUCACCUCUCUGUGGUUCAAUGACGUGAAGUUCAAAGUCAUUUGUUCAAAGAUAUUUUUUUCUGGGACUUAAAGUAAAAAUUUCGUGUUGGGGAACCGACCAGUGACAGUAAAAAAAUACAUGAAUAAAUAAUUAAAAGUAAUCUAUAAAGUGUCAUUAAAAGCUGACAUUCUUGAAACAAAUACAUGUUGGCAUGAGUAAUCCAGAAUAAUCUUUUAUGAUAAUUUAUACUAAUAUACCUUUAGACCCUCAAGACUGUAAAGUACACCUUUAUAUAUAUAUAUAUAUAUAUAUAGUCCGCUUAUCUAUUAAAAAUCCUGUUCAUUGGAGCUUUGCAGGUAUGAACUUUGAACAGUUUGACUCUAACAAUAUUCCUUCCAAACUGUUGCGCUGUCAUGACAGUAGCUGACCGUCUAUGGUCACUUUUUUUGUACCAGAAGACAGAUUAUGAUAAUAUCUGCUAUAGUGCCCCUUGUGGCAAGGCUGAGAAUACAACACUUACUUGCGUUAUGAAUUACGUUUGGACACAUUUCAGCAUACAGCGAUGCAAAAAAUCAAUCAAGCGCAGCUAGAUGUGUUUGCGUAAUUGCAUAGAGUAUGUUUCUGGCCUAAAUUUACUUAGGAUAUAGGAUAUUCAACCUGGUUAUUGUUUAGUUACGCAGUCCAAAGUGAGGUCAUUCCCAUCAUGAAGGAAACAUCUUAUAAUCACACAUUCCACGCCUCUGUAACCCCAUCAUUUUAAUGUAAUAUUAAUAUGACUGAGGUGAGUGUGAGUGUAUGUCUGUCUAUGUGUGGCCCUGCGAUGGACUGGCGACCUGUCCAGGGUGUCCCCCGCCUUUCGCCCAAUGUUAGCUGGGAUAGGCUCCAGCCCCCCGCGACCCUGUACACAGGAUAAGCGGUUGACGAUGGAUGGAUGGAUGGAUGGAUUAAUAUGACCAUCAUAAUCUUUUAUAUGUGCUGUUGCUAGUUAACAAUGGAUUAAUCACAUUCUAUACAUGACAUCUAGAGUGAUGUGACCUUAGGGUUUAUUCAAUGAUUAUCUUUAGCGAAAGCAAUUUAUAAGAUAUUUUAUGGAUUUCACCAUAUUGAAACCUUUGUGUUCUAAGUGUCACAUCAUUUACAAAUCCAAAUUUCACUCACUUUUCACUCAAAGAUAAUAGCUGGGAUUUAAUCCCCUAGAGAUCUCCUAGGGGUUACUCGUCUUGCUUAAGGGCACAACGGUGAGAGGUUAUCUCACUAACGUUACAUUGACACAACCAGUAAACUUACCAGUAAACAUAGCCCAUAUCCUUAACCACUAGGUUAUCACCACACACUGUCCUCUGUCUUCCUAAGUAUGAUAUUUUCAGUCGUUAAUACACCUUGAUUUUGUGUUACAAAAAAUUAUUUGCAAAAAUACUAAGAGGAAUAAGCAAGCAAUAAGACUAAACCAAUGUAGUAUUGUUCUGUAAAUAGGUCUUAUUUUGUGCUCAUGUAAAAUGUGCUAUAAUCCCUAAUAUGGAUUGAUUCACCGGCCAUUAAAAAUGGUCAAGGGUUGGCAUGCAUUUGGAUUGGGUUUCUUUGGUCAGAAAGAAAACCAGGUUGCUCAGUAUGAAAGCUGGUGAUUUUCAAUGGGAGUUAGCGUGCAUCUUUAACAGUAACUUCGCCCCUUUUGAAAUGACUUCAGUGUACUCUGGUUCACCCUCCAACCUCCUUAGUAGUGAUUACUAUUAUUCUCUUUCUCCCUAAAACUACAAGGAGACUACUACUAUUACCACUGCUAUUAUUAUUAUUACUAAUACUACUA